UUGAAGUAUCUACACUCGGCAAAUAUACUACAUCGAGAUAUCAAACCUGGCAAUUUGCUGGUAAAUAGUAACUGCACGCUGAAGAUCUGCGAUUUUGGACUAGCAAGGAUGUUUGAUCCGUAUGAUCAACAAGUGGUGACCCAGUAUUACCGUUCGCCCGAAUUACUAAUGGGUGCGCGGGAAUAUACAUGGGCUGUCGAUGUUUGGUCAGUGGGAUGCAUCUUUGCCGAAUUGUUGGGCAGACGGAUCCUCUUUCAAGCUCAUGGUCCGGUCGAACAGGUUUAUUGAUA